AUGCAGGACCAAAGAAGCAUCACAUUGCUUCAAGCAGAAGCCGACAAUGACGACGAAAGUUAUUUCCGGCUUCUGAUCAACGGGUUAGUAAGGUAUAUCACUAUCGCCCAAGGUAUCUGGAGCACAGAUGAUAUGUGCUUCGGUCCAUCUCUCGCCACGAUUCUCCCAGAACUUCCUACAGGCGAUUGGAACGCUGGGCUGAAACCGGCGAGCCGUACUUCGCACGCGCUACUCGAGCUUCGUGAGAAUACAUGGCAUAAUACCUUUGUUGAUUACAUGGAUCUCGGCGAGAGCAGGAGACUUCGGACGGGAGUUUACGAAGUCAAAUGUCCGCAAUUUGAGGAACUUGUCGUUGUCAAGUUUGCUCGCUUUGACUGGGAAAUUGGGUAUAUGGAGGGCGAGACUGCUAGCUACCGGUUGAUUGAGGAUCAUAACAUUGGACCCCGGUUCCUAGGACAUCUCGUUGAAGAUGGUCGUGUUAUUGGUUUUUUGAUGGAGCGUAUCGCCAAUGCGCGACAUGCUGGGCCUCAGGAUCUUGAGAUUUGCCAGCAGACACUCGCUCGGUUACAUGCUUUGGGGAUUAAGCAUGGUGAUGUGAAUCGGUUCAACUUCUUGGUUCGGGACUCGAGAGCUAUCUUGAUUGAUUUUGACAAGGCUCGGAAGUGUGAUGAUCCUAACUUGCUUGCUGGAGAGCUCGGCAGCUUACAAGAAGCGCUGGAAUCUUCUUCGGAGAAGGGUGGUGGGGGGUAUCUUUGUUAG